AUGUUGAAAAAGCCACACCAAUACAUCUUCGCCCACGCCCACCAUCACCAAUACGUCUCCCCCAUCCCCACCAUCACCAAUACAUCUUCCCCAACCCCUAGAAUCACCACUACAUCUCUCCCAGCCCUAACCUCACCAGUAUCUCCCCCCAGCCCUGGCCUCACCAAUACAUCUUCCCUAACUCCUAGCCACACCAAUACAUCUUCGCCCACGCCCACCAUCACCAAUACGUCUCCCCCAUCCCCCACCAUCACCAAUACAUCUUCUCCAACCCCUAGAAUCACCACUACAUCUCCCCCCAGCCUUGGCCUCACCAAUAUUUCUUCCCUAACUCCUAGCCACACCAAUACAUCUUCGCCGAACGCCCACCAUCACCAAUACGUCCCCCCCAUCCCCACCAUCACCAAUACAUCUUCCCCAACCCCUAGAAUCACCACUACAUCUCUCCCAGCCCUAACCUCACCAGUAUCUCCCCCCAGCCCUGGCCUCACCAAUACAUCUUCCCUAACUCCAAGCCACACCAAUACAUCUUCGCCCACGCCCACCAUCACCAAUACGUCUCCCCCAUCCCCCACCAUCACCAAUACAUCUUCUCCAACCCCUAGAAUCACCACUACAUCUCCCCCCAGCCUUGGCCUCACCAAUAUUUCUUCCCUAACUCCUAGCCACACCAAUACAUCUUCGCCGAACGCCCACCAUCACCAAUACGUCCCCCCCAUCCCCACCAUCACCAAUACAUCUUCCCCAACCCCUAGAAUCACCUGUACAUCUCCCCCAGCCCUGGCCUCACCAGUAUCUCCCCCCCAGCCCUGGCCUCACCAAUAA